GCAUUGCAAAUUUUAGCCAGUGAGAUGCUAAAGGUCGACUUUAUCAAUAUUUGACUUUGACGCCAUCCAGGUACAACUUAAUACAGAUUUUAAGCGCAUGAAAACCAGCAAAGACUUGUUUCUAAUUCCCAAAUUGCUGAUGAUAACGGCCGGCACGUGGGAACUGGAAUUAGUGGGAUCCUCAGAGUUAAAAAAGAAAUUUUACAAAGUUUACUCGAUAAUUAUGUUCGUAGCCUACCAUACGAGCCACGUCUCAUUUUCCAUCAAGUUUAUUGAGCUUUUAGGCGGGGACUCUAUCGAAAAAGUGGUUGAAUCGGCCUCCAUGAUAAUAAUCGUAUUUCUGCUAGCAAUAAAGAUGGCGCUGUGUCGCAGAAAACAAAUGACAGAAGUCCUCGAUAAUGCCAUCAAGAAGAAAAACACUUUACUAAAUGAUGAAAAUGGUUUUUCGCAAAAAAUUUAUUCGGGAUAUUUUCGGUACGCUUUGAUCAUCAAUAUAUCCUUAACCGCUUGGUCCUUCUUUGUGGGCUUAUUCUUGACUGUUGGUGGGUCCUUCGACUAUUUUAAACCAUCGAAGGAUUUAACUUUGAAUUAUACCGUGAAGGAGUUGAAGCCUUUACACGUACUACUAUGGUAUCCGUUCGAUCAAGAGGAAUAUUACGGUUUGGUGAUAUUUUACGAGUUUUUUUCGAUACUGUUUUCGGAUUUGUACAAUAGCUGUCUACAGUCUCUGUUGAAUACUAUGAUGAUUCAAAUAGCUGCUGACUUAAAGAUUUUACAGUACAAUUUUAGGAGCGUUGGGAGUGGUAAGGAGACGGCUUAUGAGGAUUUUAAGAGGUGUGCUAAGAGGUACCAGGAAGUUAUUGUGCAUACAACCGAGCUAAACAAGGCCCUAAGAUACACCUUACUGAUCGAAUACGUGGUAUCUUCGAUCAUGCUUGCCUCGAUUUUAGUACAAAUCUUAAGUGGCAAAAAGGCGAUAUUUAACACAUUUUACUUUGGGAUUUUGGCGUUUCAAUGGUGUCUCCUGGCCUGGAACGCCAACGAGAUCAAACAACAGAGCGAAAAACUCGCAAUGUCAAUCUACGAAAGCAACUGGUACGAACACACCAAACCGACCAAUCAAUUGGCCUUCAUCACCGUUUUAAGGACGAGACGCCCCUUGUACUUAACCAUCGGCCCUUUCGGAGAAAUGUCCAUUAAUACCGCCAUUUCUACCCUGAAGCUGGCUUACUCAUACGUGUCCAUUAUGUCUUAGUUCAGGACGUUCCUCGCACGACACCACCAUUAGCAGUAAUUUGAGUCUUAAAUUCAUUAUUGGUUUAUUUUUAUAGCAUAUUAAAUUUCUUGUAAUAAUAUUGAAGUUUGCAGAUGA